GGUUGCCUGCUAGACGGAGUACCUCGUCCGCCUGAUGUUCCUCCUAGAAACCCCACAAUGAGCCGUUUGAACGGGAGGCUGGCCUCUGCGCCCCCGGCAGACUCUGCGCAAGACUUCGAACCCUCUUGCCUUGUAAAGACACCCUCAGGAAAUGUGUACAUACCCAGUGGAACAAUUAAUCACGCCAACAAAAAUCCGAGUAUAGACUACAAGUCCUCGAAUUCACCGUGCAGUAGUCCUUCCAAGGAUAUGAAGAAUUCCGAACGAUGUGGAAGUCUGCCCUAUGGAGCACAUACGGUACCGGUGUUGCCCGUCCGAAACAAUCUCCGAAGACCUAAUUCCAGUCACUUCCCUCAAGCUAGUCGGUUCCAUUUUAGGAAAGGACUGGCGUCGAAGUGUACGUGGAAAUGCACGGCGAUCGCCUUCAUAAUGCUCUCUGUCGUCUUAACGGCGGCUCUCUCUUAUAUUUCAGCCUCGAGUUUACUGAAUCUGUCAUAUCAGAACACGAAACCCUGCGAAGUUCUCGUCGGGGACAAUCCCCAAAUCGCCCCCGCGUCGAAAACGUCGCCCUCCUCCGAAACGAACCUAUCGAUAUCGACACGACCGAAAACUUCCAACACGGGAGGUGCACGCACAUUCCCAGCUCAAUCGUUUCCCCCGGACGGAACUACGUUUUCCCAAAUAUCGUUGGGGCAAAGACUGUCGAAGGAAAUCCCAGCAUAUGGUUACUGGAAUAUGCAGUUUUAUCAAUCGGAAGCGGCCUACGUCCAGUUUGACUACAGUAUACCAAGAGGCGCUAGCAUAGGGGUCUACGCACGAAGAAACGCCCUACCGACCCACACGCAAUACCAUAUUUUGGAAGUACUCAGCGGAUUCAAAGCUAGGACUACCAGAGCAUCACAUCAGUCAACAGUCAAAAAGGAAGUAACGCAUUACAUGGAACAAGGCCACUGGUUUCUCUCUCUUUAUAACGAUGAUGGAGACCCACAAGAAGUGACGUUUGUCGCUAUAGUGGCAGAUGACAUGACCCAUAACUGUCCGAACGGUUGUAGCGGCAAAGGAGAAUGUUUGAUGGGGCAUUGCCAAUGUAAUCCCGGAUUUGGAGGAGACGACUGUAGUGAGAGUGUAUGUCCGGUGUUAUGUAGCCAACGUGGCGAAUACAUCAACGGAGAAUGCCAGUGUAACCCUGGAUGGAAAGGCAAGGAAUGUCAACUAAGGCAUGACGAAUGCGAAGUGCCUGAUUGCAACGGUCACGGGCAUUGUGCUAACGGCAAAUGCAACUGCAUCAGGGGCUACAAAGGAAAGUUUUGCGAAGAAGCCGAUUGCCCACACCCGACUUGUUCGUCGCAUGGGUACUGCGUAGAAGGAACUUGCAUUUGUAAGAAGGGUUGGAAAGGAGCUGAUUGCUCUCAGAUGGAUAAAGAUGCUCUUCAAUGUCUUCCUGAUUGUUCUGGUCACGGUACAUUUGAUCUAGAAUCUCAAACUUGCACUUGUGAACCGAGAUGGUCUGGAGAUGAUUGUUCCAGAGAGCUCUGCGAUCUGGACUGUGGAAAUCAUGGCCACUGCGUCAACGAAGCUUGCCAAUGCGAUCUCGGCUGGUCCGGAGAAUUCUGUAACUUAAAACAAUGUGAUCAGAGGUGCAAUGAUCAUGGACAAUGCAAAAACGGUACCUGUCUUUGCGUCACCGGUUGGAACGGGAAGCAUUGUACCAUCGAAGGUUGUCCCAACAGUUGCUCUGGACAUGGCCAGUGUAGAUUCAGCAGUGAAAGUAGUUGGGAGUGCAGGUGCGACAACGGAUGGGAUGGUGCCGAUUGCAGUCUUUUACUGGAGCAGAACUGUAACGAUGGUAGAGAUAAUGAUAAAGAUGGUCUUGUCGAUUGCGAAGAUCCAGAAUGCUGUAUGAACCCCGCCUGCAAGAACAGUCAACUUUGCGUCUCGUCCCCCAAACCAAUCGACAUACUUUUAAGAAAACAACCACCAGCAAUAACAGCUUCCUUUUUCGAAAGAAUGAAGUUCUUAAUAGACGAAGGAAGUCUACAGAACUACGCCAGAGCUGAGACAUUCAACGAAAGCCGAUCUGCCGUUGUUAGAGGCCGGGUAACUACGCAAAUGGGUACUGGACUGAUGGGAGUUAGAGUUAGUACUAACACACCACUAGAGGGCUUCACUCUAACAAGAGACGACGGUUGGUUCGAUUUGCUAGUUAACGGCGGAGGUGCUGUAACUUUACAGUUUGGAAGAUCACCAUUUAGCCCACAAAGUCGCAUCAUAUACGUUCCAUGGAAUGAAGUAGUGAUAAUAGAAAACGUAGUAAUGACCACCGGAGAAGAACGAACUAUUAGUAUUAUUCCACAACCCUGUAGUUCUCACGACUAUGACACCAUGAAACCUGUCGUACUAGCUACCUGGAAGCACGGUUUUCAAGGUGCCUGUCCAGACAAGAGUGCCAUUUUAGCUGAAUCUCAAGUUGUCCAAGAAAGCCUCCGUAUCCCCGGCACAGGAUUGAAUCUAGUCUACCAAAGCUCGAGAGCAGCAGGUUAUUUAUCAACCAUACAACUCCAACUAACACCAGAAGUCAUUCCGUCUGACCUAAAACUCAUACACCUAAGAAUAACUAUCGAAGGCAUUUUGUUCGAAAAAGUUUUUGAAGCAGAUCCCGUUAUUAAGUUCACGUACGCCUGGAAUAGGCUCAACGUUUACAGACAGAGAGUGUAUGGAGUCACUAACGCCAUCGUUAAAGUGGGAUACGAGUAUACAAAUUGCAAGGACGUUAUUUGGGACGUACAAACCACUAAAUUGAGCGGUCACGACAUGAGCAUAUCUGAAGUUGGUGGUUGGAACUUGGAUAUACACCAUCGAUACAAUUUCCAUGAAGGUAUUCUCCAAAAGGGCGACGGUUCCAACAUAUACCUCAAGCACAAACCUCGGGUUAUCUUAACAGCAAUGGGAGAUGGACAUCAAAGGCCACUAGAGUGCACUGAUUGCGAAGGUCAGGCUUCCAAACAAAGGCUUCUCGCACCAGUCGCUUUGGCAAGUGCUCCUGAUGGUUCUCUGAUCAUCGGCGAUUUUAACCUUGUCAGAAAGAUCCAAACUGAUGGAAUCGUUAGGACCAUCGUGAGGUUAAAUGCCACCAGAGUCUCCUAUCGGUACCAUAUGUCUUUGAGUCCUCUAGAUGGAACCCUGUACAUCUCUGAUCCCGAAUCUCACCAAAUUAUUAAAGUUCGAAGUACCGAUGAUUAUUCAGAUCCUGACCACAACUGGGAAACAGUCGUUGGAUCAGGAGAACGAUGUCUUCCAGGUGACGAGGCCCACUGCGGCGACGGUGCUUUAGCAAGAGAUGCCAAAUUAGCUUAUCCCAAGGGCGUGGCUGUUUCGAAUGAUAACGUUUUGUAUUUCGCUGAUGGUACCAAUAUCAGAAUGGUGGACAGAGAUGGUAUAGUGACGACGGUUAUAGGCAACCAUAUGCAUAAAUCGCAUUGGAAGCCUUUGCCGUGUGAAGGAACGCUCAAUCUGGAAGAAGUUCAUCUUAGGUGGCCUACAGAAUUAGCUAUCAAUCCUUUAGAUAAUACUUUACACAUAAUAGAUGACCAUAUGAUCCUACAACUUACUUUAGAUGGAAGAGUGAAGGUGAUUGCUGGAAGGCCUUUACAUUGUGCCUCGCCUGUCACUGGUUACGACAUUGAGUUGGCUACACACGCAACUUUAGUGAUGCCCCAAAGCAUCGCUUUUAGUUCUUCUGGUGAUCUAUACGUCGCUGAAAGUGACUCUCAAAGAAUCAAUAGAGUUAGGGUUAUAGGCACAGAUGGCAAGAUUUCACCUUAUGCGGGAGCAGAAUCCAAAUGUAAUUGCCUUGAAAGAGGUUGCGACUGUUUUGAAGCUGAUCACUUCUUGGCUUCCAAUGCUAAGUUUAAUACUAUAUCAUCAGUAACAGUUACACCAGACAGUCAUGUACACAUUGGCGACCAAGCGAACUACAGAAUAAGAUCAGUAAUGGCGAGCAUACCUGACGCUAGCACCACUAGAGAAUAUGAAAUUUAUUCACCAGAAACUCAAGAAAUUUACAUCUUCAACAGAUUCGGCCAGCACAUUGCGACUAAGAAUAUUUUAACAGGCGAGUCCAGUUAUCUCUUCACUUAUAAUGUUAACACCAGCAAUGGAAAGCUCAGUACGGUAACAGAUGCUGCUGGAAAUAAAGUUUUUCUAUUGAGGGACUAUUCCAGUCAAGUUAAUUCGAUAGAAAAUACUAAAGGGCAAAAAUGUAGAUUGAGGAUGUCCAGAAUGAGAAUGCUUUACGAACUGAGUACUCCAGAUAACUAUAAUGUCACUUUUGACUACCACAGCCCUACCGGUUUGUUAAAAACAAAACUUGACAGCAGUGGUAGAAGCUAUGUCUACAACUACGACGAAUUUGGUCGAUUAGUAUCAGCAGUAACACCAACUGGAAAGAUAAUCAGUCUCUCAUUCGAUCUCAGUCUCAAGGGAGCCACAGUUAAAGUUAGCCAAAAUAACAGACCGCCUGUAUCUAUGCUUAUUAAAGGCUCUAGCGUCUCAACUAAGGUAGAUGAAGUAGAAAAUAGAAUAAUUUUACUCCCAGAUGGCAGCGUAACUAGUGAAUCAUCGUGGUCUCAUAGCAUAACCACUGAUACAGUACCUUACAACAUUCUUGCUGAUAAAGACCCAAUACUAGGAGAAAGCUACCCAGUACCUGCAAAACAAAGAAUCGAAAUUGGCGGAGAUCUAGCUAAUAGGUUUGAAUGGAGGUAUUUUGUACGGCCUAAUUCAAACUCCAAGAGUAACAAGAACAUUUCGCCUAGAAUUUUGACAAAAGUUGGCAAGAAACUUCGAGUCAAUGGAGAAAAUCUUCUUACUAUGGAAUACGAUAGAGAAACUGCCUCGGUUUCGGUCUUUAUGGAUGACAAAGUAGAAUUACUGAAUGUUACGUAUGAUCGCUCAGCAAGGCCCGUCAAACUCGGUCCACGAAAUGGUAUAUUUGCCGAAGUCGAGCUUGAGUAUGACAGAUUCAGUCGAUUGACCAGCUGGAAGUGGGGAGAUCUAAGUGAAAACUAUGGAUUUGAUAGAGCUGGCCGACUUAACGAGAUCAAAUAUGGUGAUGGGUCUUCGCUAGUCUACGCCUUCAAGGACAUGUUCAGCAGCUUGCCUCUAAAAGUCAGCACACCUAGAGGAUCCGACUAUUUGCUCCAAUACGACGAUUCCGGCGCUCUCCAAUCAUUAACAACUCCAAGAGGUCACAUCCACACGUUCUCUCUUCAAACAUCGCUUGGUUUCUUCAAGUACCAGUACUUCUCUCCAAUGAAUAGGCAUCCAUAUGAAAUAAUAUACAAUGAUAAUGGACAAAUAUUGGCCAAGAUAUUCCCGCACCAAUCGGGAAGAGUUUCUUACGUGUAUGAUGAUGCAGGAAGAUUAGAAACAACUCUAGCUGGCAUGAGCUCCACUCAUUACGUUUACCAUGAAUUAUUAGAUCUGGUGAAGAGUGUUGAAAUUGUAGAACCCAACUUUGAGUUGAAACAAGAAUUCAAGUACCAUGCUGGAAUUCUGAAAGAUGAGAAAGUUAAAUUUAACAGCAAGAGUGGUCUCGAUAACGCACAUUACAAGUACCAGUACGAUGGUAAUGCUAGAUUAUCUACUAUCGAUGUCGAUAUCAACGGCAAAGAACUACCACAACUGAGAUUGAAAUAUAACCAAAAUCUUGGAAUACUGGAAAGCAUAAGCGACCUACGAAUAUACAGAAAUACCUUUAACAGGUCUGUCAUGCAAGACACCACCAAACAAUUCUUCACAAUAACAGACUUUGAUGAUCACGGUAGAGUAAAAACAAUUUUGAUAAAUAUAAAAUCUUUUGAUGUUUAUAGACUAGAAGUAGAGUAUGAUACAAGGAAUAGAAUAAAAAUGCAAAAAUUGAUGGUGGGACGUUCGCAAUUUAUGGACAGGUUUUCCUACAACUCAGAUGGUCACGUACUCGAAGUUAUUGGUACCAGCAAUUGGAAGUACGUCUACGAUGAAAACGGCAACAUUAUAGGAGUCAUAAAAGAGAAAGAGAAAAUAUCUUUGGGAUAUGACAGUGGAGACAGAGUUGUUCAAUAUGGUGAUGUAGAGUUCUACAGCUACGACACCAGAGGCUUUGUUGUGAGACGAGGGGAGCAGAAAUAUCGGUACAACUCUAAAGGACAACUAAUUCACGUAUUUGAACGAGACAAAUUCCAAAUUUGGUACUACUAUGAUGAUAGGGGCAGACUAAUCUCUUGGAAUGACGAUAAAGGAAACGUUACUCAGUACUUAUACACAAACCCAAGCACUCCUGAUCUCUUAACCCACGUUCACUUCCCCAAAAGUGGUAGAACCUUCAGAUUUUUAUACGACUCCAGAAACGUCAUAAUCACAGUCGAAACAUCGGAACAAAGAUUCUACGUAGCGUCCGAUCAAAACGGCUCACCGAUAGCCCUGUUCGACAUAAACGGAAAUUUGAUCAAAGAAGUUAGAAGGACGCCUUUUGGAAAUAUCAUUCUAGAUACAAACCCAGACUUCUAUCUCCCAGUGGACUUCCACGGAGGUAUCCUAGAUCCCAACACUAAACUAAUCUUUAUCAGUAAAAGACUGUACGACCCAGUGGUUGGCCAAUGGAUGACUCCAGACUGGGAACGACUAGCAAUAAAACUCUCGAUACCAACGGAUGUGUUCAUAUAUCGAUUCCAUAAUAACGAUCCUAUCAAUUCGAAGAUGUCGCUGGAUUACAUGACCAGCUUCAACAGUUGGCUGAAGUUGUAUGGAUACGACAUUGAGAAGAUGCUGGGAUCGAGGUACGUCAAUCAGCUAAUCUAUCGACCGAAGGCUGUGGUUACCGCUCCUCAACUUGCUCCAGACUUUGGAAUAAUGUCUGGACUUCAGUGUAUAGUAGAUAAGAUAAAUGAAAAAUUCAUGGAUCUCAGCUUCGUUCCUAAACCGCUCUUGAAGAUGGAGCCAAAGACGAAGAACUUGCUUCCCCGUGUAGCCUACAGAAAGUCCGUCUUCGGGGAAGGCGUCCUUAUAUCUCGCUUAGGAAGUAGAGCCUUAGUUAGUGUAGUAGAAGGCGUAAAUGGUGUAGUCCAAGACGUAGUUACAUCGGUGUUUAACAAUUCUUUCUUCUUAAACUUACAGUUUAGUAUCCACGAUCAAGACGUGUUCUACUUCGUGAAAGACAAUGUACUUAAAAUACGUGAUGAUCUAGAAGAACUUCGUAGAUUAGGUGGAAUGUUCAAUGUAUCGACCCAUGAGAUAACCGAUCAUGGAUCCACGACGCCUAUCAAAGAAUUGCGAUUGCACAAUCCAGAUGCAGUAGUUAUUAUCAAAUACGGAGCUGAUCCCGACGUGGAAACGCACAAGAUUCUAAGACAUGCGCACAAACGGGCCGUCGAGCGAGCUUGGGAGAUUGAAAAGCAACUCGUCGCUGCCGGUUUCCAAGGACGAGGAGAUUGGACCGAGGAAGAAAAAGAAGAACUGAUCUCUCACGGCGACGUCGACGGCUACGAGGGUGUUGACAUACACAGUAUACACAAAUAUCCUCAAUUAGCCGACGACCCUGGAAAUGUCGCUUUCCAGAGAGACACUAAACGCAAACGAAGAAAGAGUGGCGUCCGGAGAAGUAGGAUACAUAGACACAAUUCAUGAUUAAAAAAUAAAAAUGGUGAUAUUAAUUAAUAGUGUGGUAUCAAAUCUCUUUUACUUAAAAACUUCAGCUGGGUUUAAUAAAAUAAUAUUUUUAUACGGAAUUAAAUAAAUGUGGCUUACUGUGUAAAGUAAGUCAGCAUAGUUCUGUCAAUACUACAGUGUGUACAAAAAGUAUUUCGAUUUUAAAGUUAUCUGUAUAUUUCAAACAUUAAUACACCGAGUAUUGUACACCCUGUAGUUCGACUCUUCUUAAAAUUGGAACCUACAUAACAAUCUAAUUGUUACUAACCUCCAGGAUAAAAAUAUAAAAGAAAAUCCAGCUGGAGUGACAGGAUUUAACACCGUACUAUGUAUAAAUGACAUCAUAGAUAUUUUUGUGUGCCAUACUCCGUGACAUCAAAUCAAAUCCUAGUCGUUUCCUUACAGUCAACGUUAUUUAAACAGUACAGAGACAAUAUUUUUUAAGUAAAAAAAAUCAUGGUGUAUUUUGAUAAAAAAAAAAUGUGAACAUAGAGCCAUGAACCUGUCCAAUGAAAAUUUGUAACUGUGUUGUGUAAAAGCAAUCAAAAGGCCUAUAUGUUAACGAAGGGAUGAGUUUCCAACAGGGUAGCCAUGUUACUCUAAAGGAUAUACUAUUUAAAAUAUUCUUGCACUGGUACAAAAAAUAGACAAACAGAAGGAGUUUUCGCCAAGAGUUUUUAGAAACAUUUUCAAAUAUUAUGACUAAACUAUCUCAUAUAUCAUCUUAAAUAUAAACAGCACUAUAGACAAGGAUCUACAGACCGAGAAUUUGGCAUCCAAAUUCCACGGCUUCGCGCAAUCGUACUUGUAAGUUCGUAUAGUCGGCUGGAGUUACAAUUUGCCAAAUUUAAAUGUAAUCGUUUCUAC